GUCCACAAGACAAAAAGUCCAAUUCAUCACAAAAACCCCAAAAACAGUGCUUUGGUAACUAAGAACGAAUAACGAAGUCGUAGGAGAUCAGUAACAUCUUCUGCAGAUAGGACCAACCGUUCUCUGUUCUUGUUUAUUUUUUUUGUUAAAUCUCGCACAAGAUUGUGUGCCAUAGUUAUAGUUGCCAUUAUCAUCUUCAUCAUCAUCAUAUGGUGGCAUUGGGAAUAGGUGGAUUGCCCAUGGCUAACACCAUGGUUUUCAGAUCAGAGCUCCAAUCAAUGGUACCGGACCGCUUCCUCGGCAUUGAUUCAUCAUCCUCUUCUCGUCAAAGGGACCUCGUUUUCGUCGUCAACCCUCACGGUGCUAAUGGGAGCACGGGUAAAGAAUGGAGGAAGCUAGUUCCAUAUCUACGGUCUCGCUUUGGUAAAGAAUGCAAUAUAUGUGAAUCCUUAACUUCAGGUCCUUGUCAUGCUAUCGACAUAACAAGAGAGGCUAUAAGGGAAGGGGCUGAUGCUGUGAUUGCUGUUGGAGGUGAUGGAACUCUUCAUGAGGUUGUUAAUGGGUUUUUCUGGGGUGGAAAACCUGUUACUUGUCAAAUGAAAGAGUCUACACGUUCAACAGCUCUUGGUCUCAUCCCCUUGGGAACUGGUUCUGAUUUUGCAAGAACUUUUGGAUGGAAAAAUGAUCCCCGUGAAGCCAUUGAACGUGUUGCUAGAGGAUUAAGAUCAAGGAUAGAUGUUGGUGUUAUCAGUGAAGAAAGUUGCGAAAACCAUUACUUCAUAAAUGUUGCGGACAUUCAUUUGAGUGCAAAGGCAGGUUUUCAUGCUGCUAGGUAUAAGAGAUUUGGUAAACUAUGCUAUGUCAUUGGUGCAUUGCAAGGCUUCAUGGGGCAUCAAAAUCAGGAUCUGAGAAUCAAGAUCAAUGAAGGUGAGUGGGAGACAUAUCCUCAAGUGACAGCCAUUUGCAUUGGAAAUGCAAAAUACUUUGGUGGUGGCAUGAAAAUUGCACCAAGUGCUGAUCCUUAUAGUGGAAAUCUAGAGGUUGUAAUUCUUCAGAACUUUAAGUGGUAUGAUUUUGUCCUGAAAUUACACAAGCUUUACAAUGGGACACAUCUCUCUGUUAAAAAUGUAUCUUCAAAAAGUGUACUUUCUAUUGAGGUGGAAGACAUCUCAGGCAAGGGCGGUGUUUAUAUUCAAUCUGAUGGGGAGCAUUUGGGGUUCCUUCCCAAAAAGAUUUCUGUUCAUCCUGGUGCUAUUGAGAUGAUAGUCUGAUUCAACACGAGUAUAACAGAGUCACGAAAAAGAUUUCUGCAGUUGAAGAAACCCUACCAGCUAUUCUUACACAAGAUUCUGAACCUCGGAGCAAUGAACUUCUCAAGGUGGCUAGCAUGGUAUAUCUCUGAACUGAGCACUGCUGCAUUUGUUUUUGUUCCACUGUAGACAAUUGCAAGGGGCUUUAGAAGUCUAUUUUGUGACACAGGUUUGUCCAUACUCCAUACCCAGUUGCUCAUUUGUUUUUUGGACUCAUUCAAAUCUAUUUGCCGCUGUUCAUAUAUAAUAGUGCCCUGUGAGUUAUGCAAGGAAUAUUUGACAACACUAGUUCCCUUUGAUCUUUUUUUCUGUUUCAUUUUUUAUUUUAAAUAGCUGCUGCACAUUUUUUGUGAUAUUAGAAUUGAUUUUGGAAGAUCUGAACGUGAAUUCAAACAUGCUAUAAAAAUUCACUUUUUUCUGAGUUUACUUGUAGCCCUACUGUAAUAUGUUGAUUGUGAUGUUGUCAGUGUAAGUUGCCUUUAUAUUUUUUGUGACACAGUCAGUGUUUGGAUAUCUAUCUUCUGUAUCAUGUUCACCAACUAGACUU